AAAAUUAUGCCAAGAGUAAAAAUGGUGUUUCAGUCCAAACUUAAACCCAUAAAGCAAAUGCUGCCGUCUGUUUCAUCAUCGAAAUUAGGCUAUCUUCAACGAGGGUUCUAGACCUCUGCAACUUUAGCCAAAACACCAUAUAUUCACAAAUCCAGCCGUAUCUCAAGCCGUUUCAGGCCGAUCCAGCCGGUUCCGAGCCGUACCUCAAACGAACCGAGGUGCUCCCGCUUCCGGAGCGCGAUAUGGGCACCAAUGUGCCGAAUCGGUCCUUCAAAUUUAAGGAAGAAGAUGCUUGCUGUGCAGAAAAUGGAAGACCCAAUUUUCUUGUAAAAGUAUAAAACCCAGUAAGUGCAUCAGUAUGGAUGGAAAUCGUAAAUUAAUGGCAGCUGGAAGUUAUCAACGUCGUGGAAUUAGAGCUUUUGCUAAGAGUAUGACAGACAGAAUUAGUGAUCUUCCCGACGGAGUUGCUCAUCACAUUCUUUCCUUCCUUGCUAUCACAGACCUCACUCGUUUUGGCUGUGUGUCCAAAAGAUGCAAACAACUUUAUCUGUCAACCCCUUCAUUGGAUAUUGAUGUAUUUUCUGAUGCACAUAUGGUUUCCUGCUUUAAGCCGUUGUUGAGUUCUUUGGAUAGGUUCUUAUGGAUGCAUCGUGGCGUUAAUAAAAUACAACGAUUUCGUAUCUAUUGGGAUGAUUUUCGCCAUGACGAUUUCCUUCGACGUAAUUUUCUUCAAGAUGCGACCUUUCGAUUGAUGACAUGGAUCCACAAUGCUGUAAGCUGUAACGUCGAAGUCCUUGAGGUUGAUAUCCGGAUGCUGAUUGAUCGGGAGAGACGACCUUUGUUUCCGUUGUCUGUCUUUCUUUGUGGAUCAUUGAAGUCUCUUUUCCUGAACAUGGGCCAUAUACUUCUUAAAGCACCCUCACUUACUUCUUCCUCUAAUCUCGAGUACUUGAAGUUGAGAUGUGUUUGUAUAAAAGAUGAGGGUUUUUUUAAAUGGAUCUCAAGUUCAUGUAAGUGCAUCAAGGAUUUACAUCUUGAAUAUGUUGAUGGAAUGAACAAUGUCACCAUUGAAAGCUCCUCUUUGAAAUCGUUUAGUUUUGAGAUGUUCGAUGACGCGGUUGAUGGUGACUGCCACAUCAACAUCUCAGGUGAGAAACUUGAAGAAAUAUGUAUUGACUGGGGAGAUCGUCCUACAGGCAGCAGAUUACUAAAUAUCCGUGCUCCAAAUCUUAAGUAUCUGAAGUGGUUUGGGGGUUUGAUGAUGCGCCAGAAUUUGGGGGAACUAAUGUGUUUAGAAAAAGCUGAACUUUCUUUGAAGCCUGAAGCGGAUGACCUUAACUUCUUGUCUGAGGUUCUUUGCAGUAUAAGCAGGGUUAAAGUUCUUACUCUAAACAAUGAGACCUCCAUGGCUCUGUUCAAUGGGGGUUCGACGGCAAGACUAUUAGGAUAUGUUUUUCAUUUGUGCAUUUAUAUUGGACGUUUCCAUGAUAUCCUAGUUCCAGGAAUGGUCUCUGUUUUUGGAGGACUACAUAAUUUGAAUACUUUGGAGAUAAAGUCUGAUCAUUGGUCAUGGGACCCUGAAGCUUAUGGUUCUGGGUUUGACAUGGGAUACUGGGGUUUGCAAAACCUUUCUUUUAUUCAUCAACUCAAGGAGGUGACGAUAGAGCUGUGCGCUGGAUCUAACGGAAUUCAGUUUGCAAAAUAUAUCCUCGAGCAUGCUCAGAAUUUGAAGAAGGUGAAGAUCUUUCAUUCGCCUUGGCCGCGUAAUGAUAUAGCAGAGGUAAAGAAAAGCAAAAUGGCUUCCAAUAUUGCCACGGUUGUCUUUGAGGAAUAUAGGAUACCCAGAUGAGUUUAUUGUUGAUGAGUAAAUUGAUUUCCAGCUUACAUGUCUCGUAUUCAACAAAAGUAACGUCCAGUGUUUUUUUUUAAAAUUUAUUUGUAACGGCUAGUAUGUUGACUCAGUCCAACAUUUGCAAGUGUAAGGCUGAGAUACUUUAACUUUGUUGUAAGCUAUCGAUUAGCUUAGAACAGUAGUGAAGGGUUGGUUGACAAUAGUUUAUCAUAAUUUAAGCGAGCUCGCCAGACGAAGAAUCUAGACGUUUGAAAGUUCUCUCAAAUGUAUUGCAUCUUGUUGCUUUCAAAGUC